GCCAGGGAUGCUGUGAAACAUCCUAAAAAUGUAUAGGAUAACUUCUCAUAACAAAGAAUUAUCGACCCCAGAAUGUUAAUACUGCUAAGAUUGAGAGACCCUGAGGGUAUAAGUAACAAUUUCUCUCCUGGAAAACAGCAAAUACAUUACUUUGUUUUUAAGGUAGUAGCAUUGAGUAAAGUGUGGGCAUUAUUUUUAUUGUUUUCCAUACUAAUUUUUAAUUUAUUUACCUGGCAUUGUGUAAUCUGUAAGUGCUGGAGUUGACAAGCCUGGAAAAUUCAUGGGACAUCUACCCACACAUUGAAAUUAAACUUGAUGGCAAAUUGGAACUCUAACUUGGUCAGUUUACUUAGUCAAAAUGAAACAUUGAAGUGCAUUUUUAUAAAAAGUGUGCGUAUAAUCGGUUUAGGGAGGUGACAGUAGUGCUACAAGUUAAAUGUUUAAAUGAAUGAUUAAAUAAUUAUAAAUAAGAUCUGUGCCCGUUUUGAUGUGAAUAAACACAGCUUUAAAAUGGAAACACGAAACACCUUUGCAACUUAAAAAAUGUGUUAUAAUUUCAGUAAAUAAGAGGGAAAGAGAGCUCAGGAGCUGAGAGCUCAGAUAGAAGCAUAGUAAGAAAGGCAUGCUGGUGAUUAUCAGGAUUUGGAUGACAAUAACUUAUUUUUCAACCAGUGAAAGCCUGCAUAUAAGAUCAUUCUGAUUGGUGGAUUAAGGUGUGCUGUAAAUCGACACUGAACUUUAGCUUACCACCAGCCCAACCAAUGAGAAUUUGAAUAGAUUUCUGUAGAAAAGCAGUCCCUCAGUAACAGGAACUCAGAGAAAAUUUUGUUUCUUGCUGACAGGGAAAGUCUAUUGAAAUGAAUAUACCAGGGGAAACUAGAUUCACCCAUUUUGCCAAGUUAACUCUGACUUUAAAGGUUUCCUCUGGCCUCUUCUAGAAUGGUAAGAACCUUUGGAUUAUUUUAGAAGCACAGUGGUAAGAUUUCAGGCUGGCUACUUCCUUUCGGUUGCUAGGCAGUUGCGCCUGCCUUCCUCCCCAACAGGCUGUCAAGUGCUACUGCUGCUGCUAUUGCCGGUAGUGUUUGCCAUACAUACCUGCUUAGCUCCUGGGAAAUGAUGGGAUUGAUGAUCCUCUCUCCUCGAAAACCUUUCAUCACAGAGAUUCGUCUCAGCUUUGAACAGCAGUAGUAAAAAUCAGUUUGCAACUACUAGAAUAUAAUUUUUGUAAAGGAACCUGUGCAUCAUGGACUCUCUACCAGAAGAAUUUUUUGUGAGGGAUCCUGCUGUGGAGGAGCAGAGGAAAGAGGAAACAGAGAAUAAGCUGGAAAACUCCUCUGGUCAUCUAGACAAACAGGAAAAAGAAAUACCUACUGAUCUUGUCCCUAUUAACCUACUAUUGGAAGUGAAGAAGUUAUUAAAUGCAAUUAAUACUCUACCAAAAGGUGUAGUUCCUCACAUUAAGAAGUUCUUACAAGAAGAUUUUUCCUUCCAAAAUAUGCAGAGAGAAGUUGUAGCUAACAGCCAGAAUGGGGAAGAAAUUGUUCCUGCUUUGACUUUGCGUUUCUUGAUAACACAACUGGAAGCAGCACUUAGGAACAUUCAAGCUACUAAUUAUACUGCACACCAGAUUAAUGUUGGUUAUUAUUUGACAUUACUGUUUUUAUAUGGAGUAGCACUUACUGAAAGAGGAAAGAAAGAGGAUUAUACAGAAGCUGAGAAUAAAUUUCUGGUGAUGAAGAUGGUGAUCCAAGAAAAUGAAAUUUGUGAAAACUUUAUGUCUUUAGUUUAUUUUGGACGUGGUUUACUUCGAUGUGCUCAGAAGAGAUAUAAUGGAGGACUGCUAGAAUUUCACAGAAGCUUACAUGAAAUUGGAGAUGUAAAUGACCAUUGGUUUGACAUAGAUCCUACAGAAGAUGAAGAUUUACCUACAACUUUUAAAGAUCUUCUUAAUAAUUUUAUCAAGACAACUGAAAGUAAUAUAAUGAAGCAGACCAUUUGUAGUUACCUAGAUUGUGAGAGAUCUUGUGAAGCUGACAUUUUAAAGAACACCAAUUAUAAGGGAUUUUUUCAGUUAAUGUGCAGUAAAAGUUGCUGUGUUUAUUUCCAUAAAAUUUGCUGGAGAAAGUUCAAGAAUUUAAAAUAUCCAGGUGAAAAUGAUCAGAGUUUUAGUGGAAAAAAAUGUUUGAAGGAAGGAUGUGCAGGUGACAUGGUAAGGAUGCUGCAGUGUGAUGUACCUGGAAUUGUUAAAAUUUUGUUUGAAGUUGUGAGAAAGGAUGAAUAUAUAACCAUUGAAAAUUUAGGAGCAAGUUAUAAAAAGUUGAUGUCUCUGAAAAUGACUGAUACUGACAUAAGACCGAAGAUCAGUUUAAAAUUUAAUACAAAAGAUGAAAUGCCUAUCUUCAAACUUGAUUAUAAUUAUUUCUAUCAUCUGCUUCAUAUAAUUAUUAUUUCUGGUACUGACAUUGUCCGGAAAAUAUUUGAUAAGGCUAUGCCACCUCCUCUUUUGCGAAAAGAGCUUCAUAUACACAAGAAUGUGCUGGAAUCCUACUACAACCAUCUUUGGACCAAUCAUCCUUUGGGUGGAUCAUGGCAUCUGCUUUAUCCCCCAAAUAAGCAGCUACCACAAUCCAAACAGUUUGACUUAUGUCUCCUGUUAGCUCUCAUUAAACAUUUGAAUGUGUUCCCUGCACCCAAAAAAGGCUGGAAUAUGGAACCACCAUCUUCUGAUCUCUCUAAGUCUGCAGACAUCUUGAGGCUGUGCAAAUACAGGGAUAUUCUCCUUAGUGAGAUUCUGAUGAAUGGUCUCACUGAGUCACAGUUCAAUUCAAUCUGGAAAAAAGUUUCAGAUAUUCUUCUGCGCCUUGGGAUGAAGCAAGAGGAUAUUGACAAAGUGAAGGAGAAUCCCAUUGAAAAUAUCUCCCUUGAUUACCAUCAGCUAUCCAUCUACUUAGGCAUACCAGUACCAGAAAUCAUACAGAGGAUGUUAUCCUGCUAUCAACAAGGAAUUGCUCUACAGUCAAUAACAGGCAGUCAGCGUAUUGAAAUAGAAGAAUUACAGAAUGAGGAAGAAGAACUAAGUCCACCUCUCAUGGAGUACAAUAUAAAUGUGAACUCAAUCCCUGAAAUACACUUUGCAGAAAUGAAUAGAGAUGGAGCCUCAAUACCCAGUGAAUCUUCAACAGAAUCUAUUAAAGAUAUCCAGGAAGUUAAGAGCAAAGCAAAGAAAAAGAAAAAGACAAAGAAUAAAAAGAAUAAGGACUCAAAAGAAGAGCAAAUACCAUGUAUGGCAGAAAAGGAAGAGCAGUUGAAGCAAGAACAAGCAAAUCCACAUUCAGCCAGUAGAUUUAUGAAAGAUGAUGCAAGUGAUGUUCAAGAAGAUUCUGCAACUGAAGACAAGAUCUAUAGUCUGGAUGAACUGCAUAUUUUGGACAUGAUAGAACAGGGCUCAACUGGCAAGGUAACUGCAGACUAUGGAGAAACUGAAAAGGAAAGGCUUGCUCAUCAGCGACAGCUUUAUAAAUUGCACUAUCAGUGUGAAGAUUUCAAAAGACAGUUGAAAACAGUGACUUUUCGGUGGCAAGAAAACCAAAUGCAGAUUAAAAAGAGGGACAAAAUCAUCGCAUCUCUUAACCAACAAGUGGCUUUUGGAAUCAAUAAGGUUUCCAAAUUACAACGUCAAAUCCAUGCUAAAGAUAAUGAAAUCAAGAACCUUAAAGAGCAACUUUCCAUGAAAAGAUCUCAGUGGGAAAUGGAGAAACAUAAUCUGGAAAGUACAAUGAAAACAUAUGUAAGCAAACUGAAUGCAGAAACUAGCAGAGCUUUAACAGCUGAGGUGUACUUUUUACAGUGUCGUAGAGAUUUUGGUUUGCUUCAUCUAGAGCAGACUGAAAAGGAGUGUCUCAGUCAGCUUGCCAGGGUGACUCACAUGGCAGCAAGCAACCUAGAAUCACUUCAGUUAAAGGCUGCGGUAGAUAGUUGGAAUGCCAUUGUGACAGAUGUUAGAAACAAGAUUGCAUUCCUCAGGACACAGUACAAUGAACAAAUCAACAAGGUAAAGCAAGGGUUUGCGUUGAGUACCUUGCCUCCAGUUCAGCUUCCCCCACCACCACCCAGUCCUGAGAUACUGAUGCAGCAGUUCUUGGGAAGACCCCUUGUGAAAGAAUCUUUCUUUAGACCCAUACUUACUGUUCCUCAAAUGCCUACAGUUUGCCCUGGAGUCAUUUCUGCACCUGGCCAACCUAGAGGCCCCCUGAUGACUGGCAUAGCCUGGACUAUGCCCGCUCCUGUGGCAGAGGCUGUGCCUCCCAAUGCAGGUCUGGGAAGUGAUCCCUCUAUGAUGAAUUGGGAGAGGAUUACAGACAGGCUGAAAACCGCCUUUCCACAACAGACCAGAAAGGAGCUUACAGAUUUAUUACGAAAAUUGAAGGAUGCUCAUGGGAAGUCCUUAUCUGGACUGACAUUUGAUGAAAUUGUUUACAAGAUUUCCCAACUUAUUGAACCGAAGAGAUCUCAGAGUCAAGGAAAAUCUGUGGCAAAUGGUAAUUGUGUUUCACCUAGCCAUUCUCCAUCACAGCCUAAUGCUACCCAGCCUCCAAAACCAUCCUGGAGGCCCCUCAGUUCACAAGGUUCUGCCACAUGGGAAGGAGCCAGUAAUUUGGAGGAAGAGGAGGAGGAAGAAGAACCUUGUGUGAUCUGUCAUGAGAAUCUAUCUCCAGAAAACCUUUCAGUUUUGCCUUGUGCUCACAAAUUCCACUCUCAGUGCAUCAGACCAUGGUUGAUGCAACAGGGGACAUGCCCAACCUGCAGACUUCAUGUUUUGCUACCAGAAGAAUUCCCUGGUCACCCCAACCGGCAGUUGCCCAAGAUCUGACACAAGGGAGGUGACUAUGCAAAGGAAGAUCAGUUUUCAGACUCCAGAAUUUAGAUAUGAGCUAUUUGUGUGAAUGUUGUGAACCUGUAUGCUCUUUAGUGUAGUGCUGAAGAACCUAGCCAAUCUCAUCAAAGUAGCAGCCAAAGAGGUCAGGAUAGAUCUUCAAGACUUCUGAACUGAACUCCAGGGGCUUAAAGAAAAUGGAAUUUUAAUAGUUAUAUUUGCUCUUAGUGGCUUUUUUCUCCUAAUGUAAACAUAACUAUUAGUAUAUUUCUUAGGAUGUCUUAGCUUGUCUUUUUUUCUUCUUAUUCCACUCAUCUUUUACUUUCCCUUAAGAUUUCCUAGAAUCAAUUUAUGAAAAAAGGGGGAUAGUAAAGAGGAGAAAU